AUGCCUGCCUCUUUAACUAUGCAUACCACCGGAUCUCAAACUUCUCUCACAUCAAAAAUGGCUAGAACCACAUUACGACCUGCCAAACACGUGCACUUCGCUCCAGAUUUUCAGACCGAGAAGAGUGACUGCUCAUCUCCGGAUUCGUUUUCCGACUCAUAUCAAGACUGGUCUCCCACUACAUCGAUAAGUCCGGCCAUGCCUCAUGUGCCCGAGGCUGCACGCAACGGUAGCGAAGACAGACAAACAAUUACACGUCACACCAUUCCUCAUGGCUCGUCUCGACGAGAAUCUGUACAGGAUUUCGACGACGUUAGGCGUCGAUGGUCAAUGGAAUCCCUAUCCCAAGAGUCAUCCGCCAUCGACGAUGAGUAG